AGAAAGAAAGAAAGAAAAGAAAAGAGAGAGAAAACCUGUCUCAUGAAACAGCAGGUGAAGAAGAAAAGAAAACCUUCUCUCUUCUUCUUCUUCUUCUUCUUCUCCUCUCUCUCUGUGAUUUUCACUGCACACACCGAUUUUCUCUCUCUACAAACUCUCUCUCUCUCUCUAGAAACUCUCUCUCUCUCUCUCUUCCUCAACAACACUCACAUUCAUUCUUUGCUUCUUCCUUUUGCUUCACGAGAUCCUUCACCUUUUCUUCUUCACUGCUUCUUCUUCUUCUGUGCUUGUGUUUUCUGUGUUUUCUAGUUUCAUUCACUGACAUUGCAAUUUGCAGUUGAAUAUACACACAGAGGGUGAGAGAGAGUGUGUGAGAGAUAAGGUUUUUUUUCUUCUGGUUAUGGAGGAGAAACUGGCACAUUCUGGGAGACCCAUGAACGAGUUAGGGCUGAGUGAGCGGUUACGCGACUCACCGAGUUGCGGUGGUGAUGAUGGGAACAAGCCAGAUUUCCGAGAACUCGAUCUGGGUUCACCCAUUUCGCCGUUACCGGGGCGACACCACCGACAGAGUGCGGCGGCGGCGACGACUACAAGUACUAGUACCACCACUAGUAGUGGUUCGUCUGGGGCGGGUUCUUGCCGGAGUGGGCAUAAUCUGGUUACGAGGAGAUCCGAUUCCGGUGAGCUUUCUGUGCAGAAUAGUCCGACCCGGAGUGUGAAACCGGGUCACCGGAGAUCCGAUUCGUGUUCGUCGCAGCCGUUGAUAUACUCAGGGCAGAGUCAGAGAUCUCCUUCCUCGUCUUCGUCGUCGUCCGGUGCUGCCGCUGUUAAUUCGCCGCCGGUGAAUGUUCUUCCGGCUGGGAACAUAUGUCCCUCCGGCAGGGUUCUCAAGCCUGCCAUGGUGGUGAACCGGAGCUCGAGGCCGGAUGUUUUGGGCACAGGGACAGGGAAUUACGGGCAUGGGAGUAUAAUGCGGGGCGGUAGAGGCGUCGGUGGUGGUGGUGGUGGCAGCACUGGCGGUGAGGCUGGGAGGUUGAGCGGUGGAAGCGAUUCGGUGAAGAGGGUUGAGGCGGAAGAGGUUAAGAGAGCAGGGAAUGAGGAGUACAGGAGGGGGCGGUUUGUGGAGGCGUUGCGCCUGUAUGAUCGGGCAAUUGCAUUGUCUCCGGGCAAUGUGGCUUACCGGAGCAACAGGGCGGCGGCGUUGAGUGCUUUAGGACGGUUGUCGGAUGCGGUAACGACGUGUGAGGAGGCUUUGGGGUUGGAUCCUAAUUAUGGAAGGGCUCAUCAGCGCUUGGCAACUAUCUUUCUUAGGUUAGGACAUGUUGAGAAUGCUAGGAAGCACCUUUGUUAUCAUGGGCUGCAGCCAGAUCCUUCGGAGUUGCAGAAGUUGCAAAUGGCGGAAAAGCAUAUUAAGAAAUGUGUUGAUGUCCGGAGGAUAAGAGAUUGGAGAAGUGUUAUGAAGGAAGUUGAUGCUGCUAUUGCUGCUGGCGUGGACUCUUGUGCAGAGCUCUUAAUGUGUAGAGCAGAAGCCCUUCUGAAGCUUCACCAGAUUGACGAUGCCGAAUCAUGUUUAUCACAGAUUUCCAAAUGUGGACCGCGUCCUACUUCCUCAUCCGAGGCAAGGUUUUUUGGGAUGCUCUCUGAAGCUUAUUGCUUCUUUGUUAGAUCUCAGAUUGAGAUGGCCCUUGGAAGGUUUGAGAAUGCAGUUACGGCAGCUGAGAAAGCUAGUCAGAUGGAUCCCCGGAAUAUUGAAGUUGCUGUUUUGCUCAACAAUGUAAGGAUGGUGGCACGAGCUCGAUUGCGCGGCAAUGAUCUCUUUAAAUCAGAAAGGUUCACUGAGGCAUGCUUGGCAUACGGGGAAGGUCUGAGACUGGACCCUUCAAAUUCUGUUCUCUAUUGCAAUAGAGCAGCAUGCUGGUUUAAGCUAGGGCAAUGGGAAAAAUCAAUUGAAGAUUCCAAUCAAGCCUUAAACAUUCAACCAAAUUAUAUGAAAGCCACUCUUCGAAGGGCAGCCUCAAAUAGUAAGCUAGAAAGGUGGGCAGAAGCAGUUAAGGAUUAUGAGCUCUUGAGGAGACGACUACCAGAUGACAAAGAAGUUGCUGAAGCUCUAUUUCAUGCGCAAGUUGCAUUAAAGAAAUCUCGUGGAGAAGAAGUACAUAAUUUAAAAUUCGGCGGUGAAGUGGAGGACGUAUCAGGUCUUGAGCAGUUUAGAGCUGCAAUCGCUUUACCAGGUGUUUCUGUUGUCCAUUUUCAAACGACGUCUAACCAAGAAUGCAAGCAAAUAUCGCCUUUUCUGGAUACACUUUGUGCUCGCUAUCCAUCUAUUAACUUCCUUAAGGUGGAUAUUCAAGAAAGCCCGACAAUUGCUACUGCUGAGAAUAUUAGGAUUGUACCAACCUUCAAGAUAUACAAAAAUGGCAGUCGAGUGAAGGAAAUUAUAUGCCCUACUCGUGAUAUGCUGGAACAUUCUGUUAGGCACUACAGCUUGUAAAACUCUGGAAUCUCACUGCUUUUCAAGUGUCUACUGCACUUCUAUAUUGCUGCCAAACCCACAGUAAAGCCCUCCAUAGUUCAACCAGUUUUGUGACCCACCAUAAAAUGAUCUCCUGAUACCUGUGACAUAGUCAGACAUAAUAAUCUUGUUAGCAGCCAGCACCAGUGGAACCCGGGCCGGAGAUACUCUAGUUCCUUAUGCAGUUAUUUAUUCAUUCAUCCCUUAUUGCCCUCCGGGUUCCAUGUUCCUCCAACUUUCCUUUAUCAAUAAUCAUUUCUCCUCCUAUCCUUCAGUUCUUGUAGGCCAGCUGUUCUAGCAUCCCCAGCUUCUUUGUAGUUAAGGAAAAACGUGGAGAAUUUAUGUAUGUACAAUUGAUUAAGCUGUCAGUUUAUAUAUUACCUUGAAGAUAGAUAGAAAACAGAAGAAAGAGGAGGUUGGUUUGCUACAAAGAUCUGUACAUGUAUAUUUGUGAUGAUGAUUAUAUAUACAAAACAAUGGAAGCCUUUAUAGGAGAAAGGAUGAGUGGUGGGUACCUACUAGGUUAGGGAAAUGAAAUGAGGAUGAAUAUUUUGUUAUUUUUUUCAUCUUAUCCAUUUGAUCAAUAAAAAUUCCAAUUGUUAUUGUGGUUUCA